UAGCUAUCAUCACCAUUCACCACUCACCAAAAAGGCAUCGGUCAGAACCACGUGUCGUUCUUUCUCCCCUUCAAUCCCCGCCACUUGUCCUCACUCCGUACGUUCUUUGUCUCCUCACCCACCCAAACAGCCGGGCAAUUUAGUCAUUUCAAUGUUCCCUCUUCCCCCUCUCCCUCUCUUCUCUAGAGGGUCCCCAUUCUGGAUUGCCCAAGCCAUACUCGCACGCACUUUCUCUCUUUCCCGUCGUCUUCUCUUUAUGUUUCCUCACUUUUUCUUGGAGGUUUGCUGAAAUAAGUUGUUCUUGAAAUUCUGUAACCAGAAGGGGUGGUUUAGUCUAUCGGAGUUCUUGGUCUGCUGAAAAGAUUCAAUCUUUAAACUUAUUGUUGGAGCUCAAAUCAUGUCAAAGAUCGAAUCUUUGCAUCUGGGUUUGCUGAAAUAAGUUGUUCUUGAAAUCCUGUAACCAGAAGGGGUGGUUUAGUCUAUCGGAGUUUUUGGUCUGCUGAAAAGAUUCAAUCUUUAAACUUAUUGUUGGAACUCAAAUCAUGUCAAAGAUCGAAUCUUUGCAUCUGGGUUUGCUGAAAUAAGUUGUUCUUAGAAUUUUAUAAUCAGAAAGGGCGAUUUAGUCUAUCAAAGUUCUUGGUCGUUUGAAAAGAUUCAAUCUGUGAACUUUUUUUGGGGGGAGCUCAAAUCAUGUCAAAGAUCGAAUCUUUGCAUCUGGGUAUGCCUGAGUUAUAUAUUGGAGUGGUUCAAUACGCAGUUACUUGAGCUUUCGAAUCUCUUCUGGGGUGGAUAGUUCAUAGUUGGUAUUUCCCAUGGAAGAUUGUGGGAAAAUGAAGAAUCUUGCUUUGGAUGGAGAGAGGUUCUCUAGAGACUUGUUGCAGAGUUUCAUGGGAGUGGGAGAAGGCCGCGGUGGUGAGUCUGAGAAGGCAGCCAAGGACGGCGGAGAGGUUGAACUGAAUCUUGGGCUUUCACUUGGUGGUAGAUUUGGGGUGGACAAGAGUCCAAAUAAGCUGGUGAGAUCCUCUUCCAUAACUACGUCUUUGCCAAUAACUAUGCUAGAAGAUGAAGCGGCGGCGGCACCGUCGCCGGUGGCGUAUUCAAGUUUGAUCAGAACUUCCUCUCUGCCGGCUGAGACGGAGGAGGAGUGGAGGAAGAGGAAGGAGUUACAGAGCAUGAGGAGAAUGGAAGCCAAGAGGAGGAGGUCCGAGAAGCAGAGGAAUUCAAGGGGAGAUAGAGAUGACGACGGCGGCAGCCGCGGCUGCUCUAACGCCGAUGAACAGUACUUGGCGGCGGCAAAAAAUUACUACGGAGGAGGAAUUGAGGUGGGAGAAAUUUCCAAAGGGAGGAAAAACUACCAUUCAACUAGAGGGUCACUCGAAUCUCGUAGGGGCAGCUGUUCAAGUAUGUCAGAAUUUGAAAGUAAAUUAAUUCUAGGAUCAGAUGAGCUAAGUCCGAGGAGCAUCCAAUCCCUGCAAGAGGGCAGAGCCCAAGAAGCGGCCGGUUCUUCUACCACCACAAAGGCCACUAAGGCCACCGGAAACGAGGAGACCGAGACGUCGUCCAACAAGCUGGCGCUCGCAAGCCUGCAGGCGAGAGAAGUGGGGACCACCACGGCCACGGCGGCGGCCAUGGAGGACAUGCCGUGCGUCUUCACCAAAGGGGACGGGCCUAGCGGGAGACGGAUAGACGGGAUCCUAUACAAAUACGGCAAAGGCGAGGAGGUGAGGAUAAUGUGCGUUUGCCAUGGGACUUUCCUCUCGCCCUCCGAGUUCGUGACCCACGCCGGAGGCAGCGAUGUGGCCCACCCCCUCAAGCACAUCGUCAUAAACCGCAACUCUUCUUCUCUUCAGUAACACCCCAAGUUUGGUUCAAAAAAUAAGGGUGAAAAAAGAAAUGUUGAGUAAUUGGAAAGUUGGUAAGAAUACUACCUCUCAUUAACUCUUCUUUUCAAGAAUGUUGCUAAACCCGGACCGUCCGAAAAAGAAAACCCAGAAACCGGUAAGUUUGCCCGUUUUCCCACCGGUCCGGAUUCAAUAACAUUGUUUUUUUCCUAGUAAAAGAAUCAUGUGCUUGAAAAUCAUGCACAUGUAUAGAACUGUUUGCUGGUAGUGUCCUUUGUUUUUUUGGUGUUGAUCUGAUUUACUAUGUCAGAAGAAAAUUUUUGUAAAAUAUCAUACUCCAUAUUGUAUUUCUGCUAGAAAUGUUGUCAUACGUAAUAAGGGUCUGUUUGGCAU